AUGGAGUCUCGAAUAAAUGUGGACGGCAUGACUUGUGCCGCAUGCUCGACUUCCGUCACGGAGGCAUUAGAGGGCAUCUCGAACGUCCACAGUGUCGCAGUGUCGCUCAUUACUAAUGAAGCCAAAGUUGUUCAUGGUACCGAGGUGCAACCACAGCAACUUGUUCAAGCAGUUGAAGAGUGUGGGUUUGACGCUCACGUGGCUUCGCUGAAGGCACUUACAAAUCCUACCCCCCACUUUGUUGCUAAGAUCAAUGUGUCUGGGAUGACUUGUGGGGCUUGCACACUGAGCGUCACCGAAGCAUUGGAAGCUGUUCCAGGAGUUGAGUCUGCAUCUGUGUCUUUGCUCACAAACACUGCGCUGGUGAAGCAUUCCGGGGUCGCCGUGGAAACGCUACUUCGAGCGGUCGAGGACUGUGGGUUCGAUGCUGUGCUUGAUUCCUCAGGCAGCCUGGCAACCUCGCAAACAUUGCAAAAUACCACGUUCAGCGUCACGGGGAUGACGUGCGGAGCAUGUCUGGCGCUGAUCACCGAGGCGUUGGAGAAAUUACCGGAGGUGGUGUCGGCUGCAGUGUCGAACGUCACCGAUUCCGCUGUGGUGACACAUACUCCUGAUAUAUCUGCUGACAGACUCAGGGAAAUCAUUGAAGAUUGUGGUUUUGACGCUGUUGCGACCUCGACCGUACGUAUGGGUGAGUCUCAGGAGGAUUCCGAAGAGGAGGCCGUUUUGCAAAUUUAUGGAAUUGAAGAGUCUACAGAUACCGCUGCGCUACAGUAUAAUGUCGAAGCGAUACUCAAUAGUUUGGCUGGUGUUAAAGAUUUCUGGCUUUUAUUUAAGGGCCAGAUGAACGAGUCGGCACUUGGUCCUGACCACGACACAGACUCUGAGCAUCUAAUAGAUGAGCUUCGCAUCACAUACUCGGGCUCGAUGUUGGGCAUUCGUACGAUUGUUGAUGCCCUUAACAAUAUUGACGACGAGCAUUCGUUCCUCAUUCUUAAUUCUGUCGACCAGUCGCUUCAAACGCAGCUCAAGCUACUUUCCAGAGUGAAGGAAAUCAACCACUGGCGCUCUACCUUUUUCUGGUCUCUCAUUUUCGGAGUGCCUGUCAUAAUUCUUAAUUUCACGCAAAAUUUGCCUUUCUGGCGCAAUGCCAUGAUCUUCGAUGGUCUUUACGUCAUAUCUGUCAUUGAACUAGCAUUAUCCUCAGUCGUCUUGUUUGGCCUAGGCAACAGCUUCUUUAAGAAAAUGUACGGCUGCAUAAGGCGUAAGGGCAAGAAUGCUAACAUGGAUGUGUUGGUUUGCAUGUCAACGCUGAUUUCAUAUCUAUUCUCGGUAUAUUCUGUCGUCUUGAGCGUUUGGACCGGCCAGACUAUCAAACCUCCAAAGGUUCUUUUUGAGACCACUGUUAUGCUCAUAUCGUUCAUUUCUUUUGGUAAAUGGAUGGAAAAUAAGGCCAAAGGCGCUACCUCGACGGCUCUUAGCCGCCUUGUGUCGCUCACACCGACUACUUGUUCCAUUGUGACCGAUCCCACUGCUUAUCAGGAAUUGCUAGAGAAGCAAAAUGAAGAGAAGGGUGAGGUCGAGCAGAUAGCUGACCUUCCUACUCGUGAAAUCGGCAUUGAUUUAUUGCAGACGAAUGACAUCGCCGUCGUUACCGCCGGUGGGAAGAUUCCUGCUGACGGCGUUAUCAUCCAUGGCUCUACUGAGGUUGAUGAGUCAAUCAUCACUGGUGAAUCGAUGCCCGUUCACAAAAGAAGAGGAGAUACUGUCAUUGGCGGGUCUAUAAAUGGCCCUCACUUGAUCCAUUUAAGAGUCACCAACGCAGGUAAAAAUUCCCAGUUACAUCAGAUCAUCAAUGUGGUGAAAGAGUCGCAAGUAAGCAAAGCUCCAGUUCAAAGAUUCGCUGAUUACAUUGCUGCUCGAUUUGUUGCUGGUGUGUUGCUUCUCUCAACGGUUACGUACGUCAUCUGGUUUAUCCUUUGCACAUGGCUUCAUGAUGAUAAAUUGCCCAAGGCCUUCCAUAAAGAGGAAAAUGGCAAGUAUUAUGUGUGUUUGAAGCUUGCGAUCUCGGUCAUUGUUGUAGCAUGUCCUUGCGCAUUGGGUCUUGCUGCACCAACUGCUGUAAUGGUCGGAACAGGUGUUGGAGCCACCCGUGGCGCUCUCAUUAAAGGUGGUGAUGUUUUAGAGAAAGCCAGCAAUAUCAACGUCAUACUUUUUGACAAGACAGGAACUUUGACUUCGGGUGACAUGACUAUCUCAAAUGCCAAGCCUAUGGUGGAAAACUUGAAACUCACCCUCAGACAGUGGUGGACACUUGUAGGCUCUGUUGAGUCAAACUCCGAGCACCCCACGGGUAAAGCUAUUGUAACAGGAUCCAAGCAAAAGUUAGGUCUAACUUUCGAAGAUGAUACGUUCAACACCACAAUUCAAGAUUUUAAUAUCUUGACUGGCUUAGGGGUCAAAGCCAAAAUCACAUUGGAAGGCAAGUCGUAUGAUGUCGUCAUCGGCAACAAACGCUUGCUUGUGCGUGAUUUUCCAGACAUCAGAGAAGAGCUUGCGGCAAUUUUGGAAAGCGAUCUCAGAGACUCUGUCGCGACGUGUGCUCAUGUUGUCAUCGAUGGUCACUAUGCUGGUUAUAUCGAGCUUGUUGAUUCCGUCAAAGAGGGUGCUCGCGAUGUUAUUGACCAUCUUAGGAAUGUCGAAAACAUUCAGGUGGGCAUUGUAACAGGAGAUAGCACCGAAGUCGCAGAGAGAAUCGGUGCUCAAUUGGGUGUUCCAAAGGGCAACAUUUUCAGUGAAGUUUCCCCUUUGGAAAAGGAUAAGGUCAUUGUCGAACUAAGAAAGAGGUUUGGCGGACCUGAAAAUAUCUCAAUUGCCUUUGUCGGCGAUGGGAUAAACGACGCACCAGCGCUUGUCCAAGCAGACAUCGGUAUGGCAAUCAGCAGUGGGACUGAUAUUGCCAUUGAUUCUGCCGAAAUUGUGCUCAUGGGCCGGAAAGGAUCGCAAGAAAACGAUUUGGCCGGCGUUAUUACUGCCCUCAAGAUCUCCGAAGUAACCUUCCGCAAGAUCAAGCUUAAUUUUCUCUUUGCUACAAUCUAUAACUUUGUCAUGUUGCCGUUCGCAAUGGGAUGUUUCCUUCCCUUUAAUUUGAUGCUUCCUCCAGCGGUCGCGGCUGCUGCCAUGGCUUGCAGCUCGGUUAGUGUCGUCCUCAACUCAUUGAUGCUUCGAAACUGGAAGCCACCAAUAAUCACAGCGGUGGACGCCGACUUUAAGUUGGAGGAAGAGGCUGUGGGCGAUCAGUUCACCCUCAAGGAUUCUCUGCUUGCAGAGUUCAACUCUAUCAAGAGAGGAAGUUGCAGCGCCGCGUGGUCGCCAAGAGGCAUUCUUCAAAGAUUGAAAAGGAGAAUACGGAUUAGGAAUCAUGGAAACUCGUACGAAUUGUUGCCUCGAGCAGCUUAG